GGAAGCAGAACAGCGCGGCCGAGGCGCCGCCGUGGAGCCACCGCCCCCUUGUCGCUCGGCGGCCCAGUGGGUGCCCGGACCGCGGUGGCACUGGGUCGCCCCGAUGAUUCCAGGCUGGCGGCGGCGGCGGCAGCGGCAGCGGCAGAGACGGAGGGACGAUGACAGCUCCCCGGGAGCGCAGUGCCGACCUGGCUCGUUUCUACACUGUCACCGAGCCCCGGCGACAUCCUAGGGGCUACACUGUGUAUAAGGUCACCGCCCGGGUUGUUUCACGGAGAAACCCAGAGGAUGUCCAGGAGAUAAUUGUAUGGAAGAGAUACAGUGAUUUUAAGAAAUUGCACAAAGAGCUAUGGCAAAUUCACAAACACUUAUUCCGUCAUUCCGAACUGUUUCCUCCCUUUGCUAAAGGAAUAGUAUUUGGACGAUUCGAUGACAGCGUCAUAGAGGAGAGAAGACAGUGUGCUGAGGACCUGCUGCAGUUCUCUGCCAACAUUCCUGCCCUUUACAACAGCAAACAGCUCGAAGAUUUCUUCAAGGGUGGAAUAGUGAACGAUGGUUCUGAAUUAAUUGGCCCUGCCGAAGCUUGCUCGGACUCCCUCGCUGAUUCCAUUCCAGAGUGUAACACCGAAGGCUUCUCCAGUGACAGUGAUCUGUUAUCUCUCACUGUUGAUGUGGAUUCUCUUGCCGAGUUAGAUGAUGGAAUGGCUUCCAAUCGCAAUUCUCCCGUUAGAACUUUUGGCCUCAGUCUUUCUUCGGAUUCUUCAGCACUAGGGGCCGUUGCUUCUGACAGUGAACAGAACAAAACAGAAGAACGGGAGAGUCGCAGCCUCUUUCCUGGCAGUUUAAAACCUAAACUUGGCAAGAAAGAUUAUUUGGAGAAAGCUGGAGAACUAAUAAAACUGGCCUUGAAAAAGGAAGAGGAAGAUGACUAUGAAGCUGCUUCUGAUUUUUACAGGAAGGGAGUCGACCUACUCCUGGAAGGUGUUCAAGGAGAAUCCAGCCCCACCCGCCGCGAGGCCGUGAAGCGGAGGACGGCGGAGUACCUGCUGCGCGUGGAGAGCAUCUCGGGCCUCUCCCGGAGCCUGCAGCCUGAGCGUGGAUCUCAGCCUCCAGGAUCACUAAGUUCAAGGCCCCCUUGGAACCUAAGGAGCCCUGCCGAGGAGCUGAAGGCCUUCAGAGUCCUUGGGGUGAUUGACAAGGUUUUACUUGUAAUGGAUACAAGGACAAACCAGACGUUCAUCUUAAAAGGUCUGAGGAAAAGCAGCGAGUCCAGCAGGAACAGAAAGACCAUCAUCCCCCGCUGUGUGCCCAACAUGGUGUGUCUGCACAAGUACAUCGUCUCGGAGGAGUCGGUGUUCCUGGUGCUGCAGCAUGCUGAAGGUGGCAAGCUCUGGUCGUAUAUCAGUAGAUUUCUGAACAGAAGUCCCGAGGAGAGCUUUGACACUAAGGAAGUGAAACAGUGCGGGCUCUCCAAAGCUCGCCUGCAGCAGCCCGCCGCCAGCCCUCAGGACAGCGGCAGCUUGGAGUCCAGAGAGAGCGAUGGGGGAGGCUUGCUCCGAGUUCUGCCUCUGAAGACUAGUCUCACUCCCAGUUCUCAAGAGGACAGCAACCAGGAAGACGAUGGCCAAGACAGCUCUCCAAAGUGGCCUGAUUCUGGCUCAAGUUCCGAAGAAGAAUGCACUACUAGUUACUUAACGUUAUGCAAUGAGUAUGGUCAGGAAAAGAUCGAACCAGGAACUUUGAACGAGGAGCCCUUCAUGAAGACAGAAGGGAGGGAUGUUGAUGCCAAAGCCCUCCAUAGCUUCCCGGCUCGCCCUGCCGCCGAAGGUGAUGGCUCCAGCACCCGGCCAGGAACUCAUGUGCUCAAGUUCUUCCCUGGAAAUGAGGACCCAGAGACGGUUCCUUCUCCAGGAACAUCCAGUUCCCUUAGCAGAUCAAAGAACAGUCCCAUGGAGUUUUUCAGGAUAGAUAGCAAGGACAGCACAAGUGAGUUUCUGGGACUUGAUUUUGGUGAAAAACUGUACAGUCUGAAAUCAGAACCCUUAAAGCCUUUCUUUGGUCUUCCUGAUGGAGACUGCGCUUCUAAGAAUUUUAUUGCCGGUGAAAGCAGAGUCGAGUUUACAGCCCUGGACACCAUUAGCAGGGGCUCAGAUGACUCAGUCCCAGUUAUUUCAUUUAAAGAUGCAGCGUCUGAUGAUAUCGCUGGUACUGAUGAAGGAAGGCCCGAUCUGCUUGUAAAUUUGCCUGGUGAAUUGGAGCCACCGAACGAAGCUGCAGCCAUGGGACCUACUAAGUUUACACAGACUUCCUUAGGCAGAGCAGAAAACAAGCUGCUGGAGGCCCCAGAUGUACUAGGCCUCAGGCUCAGCACUGAGCAGUGCCACACCCCUGAAGAAGAAGGCUCGGGGAACCUGCGUGGUCCCUCUAGGCCCAGGUCCUGGAGCGUAUCUGAGACACGCGAUGCCCAGGAGGAUCUGGGGGUGUUAUUUGUAGCAGCUGUUAACCGCAGCCAUUCUGAAGACCCGUCUUUAUCACACAGCUCAGAUCCUAAGUUUGGACUAUUUGGAGUAGCUGAGUCAGCAUUAACCGCAAACAGCGCGGAAGGAAGCUUCUCCCGUGUUUCUAACCCACUCCCAGGUGCUAACGAAUACAGUGCCAACGCAGACACUUUCAGAACACAAGAAGUAUUGCUGUUCACAGAUCACAUCGAUGACUUGGCUAAAGAGGAACCUGCUUCUUUAUUCCAAAGAAACUCAGAGUCUGAGGGCGAGCGUGGGCUAGCACUGGAAGAGGACAAGGAAAUCCAUCAGAUUUUUGAGGACCUUGAUAAAAAAUUAGCACUAAACUCCAGGCUUUAUAUCCCAGAGGGCUGCAUUCAAAGAUGGGCAGCUGAAAUGGUGGUAGCCCUUGAUGCUUUACAUAGAGAGGGAAUUGUGUGCCGCGAUUUGAACCCAAACAACAUCUUAUUGAAUGAUAGAGGACACAUUCAGCUAACGUAUUUUAGCAGGUGGAGUGAGGUUGAAGAUUCCUGUGACAGCGAUGCCAUAGAGAGAAUGUACUGUGCCCCAGAGGUUGGAGCAAUCACAGAGGAAACGGAAGCCUGUGACUGGUGGAGCCUGGGUGCUGUCCUCUUUGAACUUCUCACUGGCAAGACUUUGGUUGAGUGCCACCCGGCGGGGAUAAAUACCCACACCACCCUGAACAUGCCGGAAAGCGUCUCGGAGGAGGCUCGCUCCCUCAUUCAGCAGCUCUUGCAGUUCAACCCCCUGGAGCGUCUGGGUGCUGGAGUGGCCGGUGUGGAAGACAUCAAAUCUCACCCGUUUUUCACCCCUGUGGAUUGGACAGAACUGAUGAGCUGAGCACCGCCCAGGGCUGCCUGCGCACAUUCUGAGCUCUGUGACAUGGUGAUCUCCCUGAUCACAGUGAUUACGGGGCAGCAAGCAUUGGAUGGAGGCCUGGCAGUGACCGAGGGGAGGAGCUAAAAGAGCGUUCACAUACACUUAGCGUCUGGGCAAGACACCAGCUGACUGUGCCAGGAGCGGUUGUGUACAUACCUGUAACCAAGGUGGCACUGCAGGCGAGGUUUGUUGUGUGCUAUCGGCUGGAACAGGAAGGUUCCUCUGGCAGUCCCUCUGCCUCACAGCUUGAGUGUGAAGCUGUCUCACUUGAAAGAAGGAACCUGCCGUGGCAGCUGAUGACCGUCUGCUAACCAAGCUUGGUUUGCACAGUCAGAUUAUUUGCGAAUAAUGCAUGGAAAGUGCUUGAUGAACAGUGUCAUCGAUGGGGCUCAAGAAGUAACAGAAAAGACACACGUGACGUCUAGGAGGAAACCCUCUCCGAGACGCUGCAUAGUGAGGGAUUUCAAAUGAGGCUCUGCAUGGUUUUAGAGGGAGAAAUCACUGUCGUCGGCGUGGGACUUUGGGCUCAGUAGUGCUUUAGGGGAAGAACUGUAAACUCUUCUCGCAGUUCAGCCUCCUCUUUCUUUCCUCCUCUUUCUGUUUUUUGCACCCUUUGCUCAUUCUGUUCUUUCUGCUCUUGUCAGCACGUGUGCAGCAAAAAAGGGAACAGAGUAUUUAUUUCACAAAUUGUAUCACCUUAGUGGGGACUAAGAAAUCAUGACAGAAAAUAAAUGUGCUAACCAGG